AUGAACAUGAAACCUGAGGUCUGCGAAAGGGAAAGGAAGCUGCAACUGCAAGAGCUGGAGGAGCUGAGACUCGAGUCUUAUGAUGCCGCAAUAUGGUACAAAGAAAAAACCAAGUUGUGGCACGAUAAAAAUCUUAGAACGAAGGAACUGCAUGUUGGGCAGAAAGUACUCUUUUUCCAGUCAAGGUUGAAGCUCAUGCCAGGAAAACUGAAGUCUAAGUGGACAGAACCUUACACCAUCGUGAGCCUUAGAGCCAACGGAGCACUGGAGAUUCAGGGAGCUUCCGGCAUUACCGUCACCAACCACCACCACUAUGCUAGCGAGAAAGGAGAUCCCGAGGCCAAGCCAGCCGAAGGCCAGGAAUGA